ACAUUCUCUUGAUUCUUUGCCUUUUCACUUGGAUUAUUCGACUUUCUUCUGAUUACAUCUAAAAGCCGACAAGAAAAGAAAAGCCAUUUUUCGAUCUUCUCUGUAUCAACUUUAGUUUUGGAUUUUGUGGAGUUUUCACUGCAAGAUGAAGCCAUUAAAUUCUGCUAUAUUGGAUCCUAAAAGUAGAUCGUGUCUCUGCAGUCUCUUUGUAACAGCUUCUUUGAUUUUUGGUGUUUAUUUCAUUGGGAGUGCAUGGUUGGGAAAAGAUUCCUUCAGGAUGCAGAUAUUACCUGGAUUUGGAGUGCGUGGAGCACAUAAAAAUACAGAAUAUGAUGAUUGCAAGGUAGGAUCGAGUGUGGACAUAAAAGUCAAUGAUACCAAGGAGAAUACACAGCUCAACAAAUGCGAAGUGAAGUGCAGGCCUUUUGGUGGUGAGGCUUUACCAAAAGGAAUAGUUUCAUCAACUUCAAACUUGGAAAUGCGGCCUUUGUGGGGCCCUGUUUCAGAAAAUGAGAACUCAAACCACGCAAAGAAUUUGUUGGCAAUUGCAGUUGGGAUUAAGCAAAAAGAGUUGGCAAACCAUAUUGUUGGGAAGUUUGUGGGAAAUGAUUUUGCAGUGAUGCUUUUUCACUAUGAUGGUGUUGUGGAUGAAUGGAGCGACUUUGAGUGGUAUGGGAGAGUCAUUCAUGUCUCUGCCACAAACCAAACAAAAUGGUGGUUCGCCAAACGUUUUCUACAUCCUGAUAUCGUUGCUGAAUACGAGUAUAUUUUUCUGUGGGAUGAGGACCUUGGCAUCGAAAAUUUUCAUCCAGGAAGGUAUCUAUCCAUUAUUAAAGAAGAAGGUCUCGAAAUUUCACAGCCUGCUCUUGAUCCUGGUAAAUCAGAGGUGCAUCAUCACAUUACUGCACGUAGAAGGAGAUCAAGGGUGCACAGGAGGUAUUAUAAAUUAAAAGGUGGUGGAAGGUGUGAUGAUAACAGUACCGCUCCUCCUUGCGUAGGUUGGGUUGAAAUGAUGGCUCCUGUGUUCUCAAGAGCAGCCUGGCGUUGUGCUUGGUAUAUGGUCCAGAACGACUUGAUCCAUGCAUGGGGUCUGGAUAUGCAGCUUGGUUAUUGUGCACAGGGCGAUCGGAUGCUCAAAGUUGGUGUGGUUGAUGCGGAGUAUAUAGUUCAUCUGGGUCUUCCAACCCUUGGUGGUCUUUCAGAUGAACACAAGGCAAGUAAAUGAUGCAUCCAUUUUCUGCCCCCGUCUCUAAUUAUCAGACCUACAAAUAGUACAUCUGUUCAAUAGGAUAUAAUGGAUAGUUGAGCACUGAUUGAUUCCAUAAAAUGCCUCUAGUCUUGUAAUGUUUUCUUGUUGAUCUUGUAUUUGAGAGCAUAGUUCAUUAAGUUUAAAGGUCCGUUUGAUUCUCAUUUUAUU